AAACAAACUCCAGCGCCAUGUCGGGCACAUACCCGCGCGGCUCUUCCGGCGGAGAGCUGUCUCCGGGCACCCGUGUCAUGGUCGUCGGGAUCAGGUCGGAAAGAGAGAUCAACGGCAAGGAAGGCACUUGUGUAGAAUGGUGUCCCGAGACUGGCCGGGUACAUGUACAACUCGAAGAUUGUCUCAAGGCUUUGCGGCCGCGUAAUCUGAAAGUAAUGCGAUCCCUGCAUGAUGUCAAUGAGAUGAUGGAUCGAGUGCUUCAAGUCUUCGAAGGCAAUGGGGAUGGUGUAUUGGAUGUAAACGAAUUCGAGAGAUGCCUGGAAGGCAUCGGCUUGGGGAAAGAGUAUGUGAUAGCCUUCCAGAUGGCAAUGGACAAAGAUCACGACUUCGAGAUCGACUACGCUGAAUUUACUCACUGGGCACUAGGCACAAAUGCUCCUGGACACCGGUCUCGCUUAGACCUCUACUGGCCAAAGAAGCGUCAAGAGCCGCAGCCUGUAGACGACGAUGACGCUGACUACACUAUCCCAGAACAUGAUGAAGAGCUAACUGAGAAAGACAUCGUCAAGAUUCUGCGCCGACCGCUACCUGACGAUUGGCCAAGCCAUGGGAUCGCUAUCGUCAACAAUGCCAGGGCUCGAUUUCCAUACUUUCCAGUGGCUAUUUGGUUGCAAGGCAAUGUAUGGUCUAUGAAGCGCAAUGAAUACAUCGGCGGCCGGGUACUUGCGGACAUCCGUUCCUCUGGAGCAAAGGAGGUCCACCCAUGCCGGACAACCCCCCUACGUGCUUCCGGGGAGGCAUUUCCUGCGAUCUAUCGAAACAUUUCACCAGAGGGGGAACUUUUCGUGUACGAGCUGAGCGAGGAUGGAAGCUUUGGGGGCAUGCGUGAUCGCAAACUGCCUCCCCUGGGCAUUAUCCCCAAAGGAGAUAUGUUCACUGUUUAUGAAGUGCUGCGGGGAGCCGAAUACGGGUUCUGCUUCGGCCGAAUCAAAUACAAGGGCCAGGAGAAACCUUCUACGUGGGUAGUUCUGGGUCUUCUCGUCGAACGAGGCAGCGACUGGUCAAUGCCAGACUCGGAACGACAUCCGCGAGAUUUGACCUUCUCAGACGCUGAACGCAUGAACUCUCUUUGGUGAACUGUUUCGUACGUAUCCUACGUGUCAUCCUACGUGUAGCACGUGUACUACGAAGUGUACUAUAGUGUUUCAGAUUGUUUCAGGCUUUUGCCCUCAGCUCUCCAGUCAAAGACUGCUCCAGAGCCUUUCGCACCAGUUCUGCAGAGCAGUUUCUUGGUGUUUUUCCAUGCCCACAAGGGCCGUGGACAAGUGAAUUUGGGUGGAGGUGCCACCUCCCAGAGACAGAUUCGAUGAAAAUAAUUGAAAAUAGCAUUG